AUGUCAACAUCCUUCAAGUUGCACCCGAAGCCACAAACCGACGAGGCCCCCAGGGCGUAUCCCCUGUCAAAUAAUUCAACCGUAGAGACGAGUCGCUUAGACUAUCAACAUGCGGUUUUCACCAUUCGAACUCGCGGACUCCACCGUGCUUCAUUCUCCAAAUCCCCACGCCGGGUACUCGAUCUUGGAUGUGGAACAGGAAUUUGGACUCGUCAGUUCGCUGCCAAGCAUCCAGAUUCAACAGCUCUGGGCGUCGACCUGAAUCUAGCAUUGGCAGAUGAAACCGACGAGAACAAACUUCCUCAAAAUUGCUCAUUCAUCACAGCAGAUAUCGAGAAAGAAUGGGAAUUCUCUUCUCAGUCAGACUAUAUCUACAUGAGAAUGAUCAUGAUCGCCGUGAAAGACUGGCCUGCAUUGCUUCGGCGGACUUUUGCUAAUCUGAACCCCGGGGGUCAAGUAGAAGUGUUCGACGGAUUGAUGCAUCUAACGGCGGAUGACGGAAGCACCGCGGCGAAUUCAGCAGCGAUUCACUGGUUCGAACUCUCCAAGGAGUAUCUCGCGAAACACGAAAUUGCAUGGGAUCUUUCUCGGAAUCUCCCCGAGCAAAUGACCAAGGCUGGAUUCGAAGUGAUCGAAAGUGAGACUAUCAAGAUGCGCUUGUAUCCGGAUAGUCGAGACCCGGAAGCUGAUCGCGACUGGGUCGCUGCAAAUUAUCGCAAAGAUAUCUCUGACAUUGUUCACGGAAUGACCAAGCGCAUGCGAACGGAUCUCGCCAGUCGAAUGUCGCCAGAUGAGUGGGACACCCUGGAACAGAACGCUAAACGCGAAAUCCUGGAGGAGUCUGAACAGCGAGGCUUCCAUACUACACUGUAA